UGGAUGAGAUGUUUGGACAAAAACCAUGGGUGACGCCAAUUUUAACUUUAGAUUCUUCAAACAGGAAUAUAUUAUCCCCUGCCAGUUCUACUUCAAACAACAACAGUAACAUCAGUAGUAACACUUACAAUGAGAUCUCUUCAUCUCCACAAUCUUCUAAAAGUUCUCGAAAACGACAGAAAGUAACUCAAGAUACUGCGUUAGAAAAAUUACUCGCAGUUAUGGAAGAAAAUAAAGAAGAAAGGAAAAAAAUGCAUAACGAGGCUGUGGAAAGACAAGAUCGAAUGUUAAAUAUCUUAGAAAAAAUUGCCAACAAAUAACAACGAAUCUACUUUUCUUGGUGAUUUCCAACUGUGAUUUUUUUUUAAGUUUGGCUUUGACAUUAGUAUGUUUAAUUAAUUUUAGUGAGAUGUUAAUGUGGGCUGUGCUCUUUUACCACAAAUGAUUUAUUUUUAUUAGAAUAAGUGAAGCCAAUGAUAAGCCAAAGAUAAGAGAAAACAUUAUUUUCAUAUAUUUCUCAUGUCAAAUAUCGCACAUCACAACACGCUAAAACAUAAUA